AUGCACGAGAUCGAGUCCUACUUCACAUACCCACCUGAAGCCGAGUCACCUGUCAACCAUGACAUCCUUUUCAGGCCUGGAGUUGCCCCAGAUGGUUUCGACACUUUCACACCAAGGACCCUCAUAUAUGACCUCAAGGGCGCUUUUGGUAGUAUGAGAAAGAUCAACGCCUUGUACGAGGCCGAAGACGAUAGAAGCAUUCUAGAUCAACCCGGCGUUUGGCCUUCCAAGCCUAUUGUACAGCGCGCUGCUGAGACUAUCCCACAGUCUGCCUAUCAGGAGCACCUGGAUGCCGGCAUUGAACCUCCCCAACUCAGUACAUCAUCUGUUCGCUACUGGUCUGAUUACAGUCGCGUCUAUUACCACCCAAAGUCAAUUGUCCAGCUGUCCGAGUUCGAUGUCAACGACAAGCUCAUGCCCUUCGAAAGCUGGGACGUGGGCAUGGAACUCUUUGAGAAGCUCGAAAGAGAGGUCGAUCUUGUCGAUAGGGAUCUGCGGCCUUUUGUAGAAGAAUGUGACGGUAUCCAAGGACUUCAGAUCUUCACAGGCGUCGACGAUGCUUGGGGAGGCUGGGCGUCAGGAUGGAUUGAGAGACUAAGAGACGAGUACGGCAAGAUGAGCAUCUGGACUUGGGGUCUGGGCGAUCAAGGUGCAAAUGCAAGCACUCCUCGGGAGAGAAGACUGCAGCAAAUUGCGAACUCGGCACGAUCACUGCAGAUACUAGGCGAACAGUCAUCAGUAUAUGUACCAAUGUCGAACAGUCCAGCCAAGUUACCAAGCUAUCUCUCCUUGGACGCGACCUCCCUAUGGCAUAUUGCUGCUUUGCAGGUUGUGGGCCUGGAGAGUAUGACCAUGUCCUCUCGCCUGAGGUCGACAUUGGGCGGGCGUGGCACCCUGCAAGAUCUGGAGAAUACCAUCAACAGUACUGGGAAACGGCGCAUAGCGAAAUUCGAGAUGAACAUAGCAGAUCCCGACGUCUUGUCAGAUAAAGCUUUUGAUGAAGCCAGGAAUGCGGAAAAAGUUGGGUCGACUACAUCGAGACAAACGAGCGAGGGGGACAGCGAAUUGGCCAAGUUUGACAUUGACGUUUUCACUCGCGACUAUAGGACCGCUCGUGGAAAAGGGAAGAAAGAGCACAUCUUUGGGAGAGCCGAGGCUACUCGAGGAGAAUGGUCGGUAUCUGAAGCCAGCGAACGUGACCCUCAUGACAGAUUCUAUAGUGGGCCUGCAGUGCAAAGGUAUACUGCUCCGUUACUGUUCCCGCUUCUCGACAGCUUCCCCAAAUUGAUAUUCGACGUAGGAACCGGCAACGCCACAAAACUCGCAGUUCACACUGGCAUCACCACAAGCACUGCUGUCGCCGAGCAGAUACGAGCAGUCGAGCAGCUAGUCAAGCGGCUAGUAGGAAUCGAAGAAAGAGAGGCGCUCUGCAAUGGCCUGCAAGUACUCGCAGAAGAAUAUGAUGAAGGCUGGGACAGUGGUACAGACAGCGAUGACGACGAGUAG